CCGGCCGGCGGCGGGCCCCUGCUCACGGGCGGCGCGGCCGUGCACAUCUCCGCCGCCGGCGCUGCCAAGGCCACCCUGUCCUGCCGCGUCUUCCUGCUCGACGGGACCGAAGUGAGCGUGGACCUGCCGAAACAUGCCAAAGGCCAGGAUCUGUUUGAUCAGAUCGUGUACCACUUGGACCUCGUGGAAACAGAUUACUUCGGCCUCCAGUUCCUCGACUCUUCCCAGGUUGCUCACUGGCUGGAUCAUUCCAAACCCAUAAAAAAGCAGAUGAAAAUUGGACCUGCUUAUGCUUUGCACUUUCGAGUUAAAUAUUAUUCUUCAGAACCGAACAACCUUCGUGAAGAGUUUACAAGGUACCUGUUUGUUUUACAACUCAGGCAUGACAUUCUUUCAGGAAAAUUGAAAUGCCCCUAUGAAACGGCUGUGGAAUUAGCUGCUCUCUGUCUACAAGCGGAGCUGGGGGAGUGCGAGCUUCCAGAACACACGCCAGAGCUUGUGUCUGAGUUUCGGUUCAUUCCAAAUCAGACAGAAGCGAUGGAAUUUGAUAUCUUCCAGAGAUGGAAAGAGUGCAGGGGAAAGAGCCCUGCCCAGGCGGAACUGUCCUAUCUGAAUAAAGCGAAGUGGCUGGAAAUGUAUGGGGUAGACAUGCACGUUGUCAGGGGAAGAGAUGGCUGUGAAUAUUCUCUUGGACUGACCCCGACAGGCAUAUUAAUCUUUGAAGGAGCUAACAAAAUAGGCUUAUUCUUUUGGCCUAAGAUUACCAAAAUGGAUUUUAAGAAGAGCAAAUUGACAUUGGUGGUGGUAGAGGAUGAUGAUCAGGGACGGGAACAGGAACAUACGUUCGUAUUCCGGCUGGACAGUGCCAGAACCUGCAAGCACCUCUGGAAGUGUGCGGUGGAGCAUCACGCCUUCUUCCGACUGCGGAUGCCAGGAAAUAGCAAAUCGAACAGAUCAGACUUUAUCCGGCUGGGGUCUCGCUUCAGAUUCAGUGGGCGGACAGAGUAUCAAGCCACACAUGGAACCAGGUUACGAAGAACCAGCACCUUCGAGCGGAAGCCUAGUAAACGCUAUCCAUCCCGGAGACAUUCGACAUUCAAAGCAAGCAACCCGGUGAUAGCGGCUCAGUUCUGUUUGGUAUUUCAUUUCUAGCCUCAGUACCAUCCCAAUAUCCACCCCAGCCAGCCUCGGUGGCACCCUCACUCUCCAAAUGUAAGCUACCCGCUCCCUUCCCCAGGGCUCAGCAGCUCGGACCGGCUGCCUUUCGGCAUCGAGGAGAACGGGGGCCCUACCCGCGCCUCAGCCAGGCACCACCAUCACCAGCACCAGCACCACCCAAACUAUGGCCUCUCGCUGACUCUGGAGAACAAGGAGGGGCCUUCCAGGUCUCCAAACUCCAGCAGUAAAUCCCUGACAAAACUGAGUCCAGGACGGCCUGCCCUGUUCAGUGAAGCUGCCGCCCAUCUAAAGAAGCUGGAACUGGAGACGGUGAAAGCUGCUGGACCCUGGCCUGCUCUGCACAUCAACAUAAAUAAGGCUUUCUCGACCUCAGCACUACGGAUAUUUUGGGCUGUGCUUGUGGAGGAGCUGGUCCUUUGGUAUGUCUCUAGAAGUCCUAUUCCUAUACGUGUGGAAACUACCCAACCAGCAGUGGAAAAGCCGGAAAUCAAGCCUCCCCGAGUGAGGAAGUUAACAAGACAAUACAGUUUUGAUGAAGACGACCUCCCUCCUGACCUGGCCGCGGCCGUGGGAGCGCCCAUCGCCACAGCCGCAAACAGUACCAUGGCCAUCACGCAAGUCUCCGUGCCGCCGGCGUCCCCCAAGGGCCACAAACUCAGCUCGCCUCAGAACUCAGAAGGCAAGGGCCAGCUGUCCCCAGGGGCCAAGAGUCCCUCUGACCGAGGAGGUGCUUUUACCUUGGAGCCAGGUGAUCUCCUGAUGGACUUCACAGAAGCCACUCCUCUGGCAGAGCCCGCCAGCGCCCCCCACUGUGCCCACUCUCGCUGUUCUCCUCCACUCUCUCCCCCCAUGAAGGAAGAGACCACUGGAGUUUGCAUGCAUCCUCCAAUCAAAACGAGGCUGAUAAAAACAUUCCCGGUUGAUCCAGUGACCCCAUUUCCUGAUGCUUUCAAUUCAGGGCCACAGUUCACUGCGGACUUUAGAGACAGUAAAUUGCCAUGCUGUCCUGGCCAGUCUUCCCCACUGAUUCCAGCAGUGACCCUGAGGCCUUUGACAGAGACCAUCUCCACAGUGCAGACCAUCUACACCACUCGGAAACCUGUUUCUCUGGCAGCCAGUGCAGAGACGCUCCGGCAGGAACUGGAGAGAGAGAAAAUGAUGAAAAGACUGUUGAUGACCGAACUGUGAAAUUCUCCCCUUGUUGCCUGGAGGACGGCAUGGUGCCUUCUGUCCGUUUUCUUUCUUCGGGCUUCGUGUGCUCACUCCGGCACAACACACAGAUGUGUGCUCUGUUCACCCAGGUCUCGGUGGUUGGUUGAAGCCAACUUCUGGCUUGACUUUUAUGGGAGAAGUUAUUUUCUGUCUCCUGAGUAGUAGAGUUUUUCUGCUACUCAGUAUAGUUGGGGUGGGAUUUGGGAAGCCUAGGAGAAGAAAGAUGUGGAAAUGGGAUUCCCUUUUUAGUACUACCUGUGUGUCUAUAUUAAUAACCACAGGGGUUAAUAUGGCAUGGAAUCCUUUGCUAUCAGUCUCAACCAUGAUUUUGUAUGAUUGAAACUUGCACCAAGCUUCGACUGUUUGUUAAAGAGUCAUUUUUAAUGAGAGAAUAAUUCUUUACUGCUGGUUUUUUCAUUGACACUGGUAAUUAUACAGAUCUUAUAAAGUCCUUAACACUCAUUUUUAUUCAGACAUGAAUCGGUGAAGUAACACAAGAAAGGAUUGAAGUCCUUCAGCGAAAUCUGAAAUACAAUUUAAAUUGUGGAUUCAUUGGAUAUGAUAUUAUUUGGGAUAAACAGAAUUUUUCACUGAACCCGAAGUAGGAAAUUAUAGCUUCAAUUGUCUAAAAAUCCUUACGAGGGUAAAAUGAUUCAAUAUCAAGAUUCAUUUGGGUGUUCCAUAAAGGAAAAUUAUUUCUAAAGUUGAUUAAUUCUUGUCCUGUUGAUAGAACCUUGACCAGAUGACACUUUGUUCUCUUUUUAUAUAGUUUCAAGAAAUGUGUUUUUAAAUUUUUAUUAUGCACUUAAACAACUUUGCAGGAAUAAAGGCACCGCCUCAGCACAGACUAGCCCUCUAAAUUGUUACCCGAGCUCUCAAUGAAUAUGCACACAUUUUUCAUAGCUGUGAUCGGUGUGUACAUACUCUUUGGUUGUACUUCUCCACCUCACACAUAUCUUCCCUUUCCAACACAGAUCCUGCUCUCACCAAUUUAAAUGUCUGUGUAUCCAUGUAACAUGGUUAACCUCACUUCUCCCUAUUAUUAGGUAUUUGAGUUAUAUCCAAUUUUUCACUCUUAAAAAUAGUGCUGCUAUGAAUGUCUUUGUAAAAAAAAUUCUCCUUCCUUUGGAUUCUUCCCUUGGGAAUAUCUCCAAAGAGGGAUUACAAGGUCAAAGAGCAUGAAAUAUUUUAUAGCUCUUGUUUCAUAUUGCCAGACUGCUUUCUAGAAAGAUCCAGUCUCUGGGUUGGAAGGACCUUACAGGUCAUUAGUUCAAUUCCUCUAUUCCCUCUGAAUGCUUGAAUCCCUCUACAAUUUAUGAUGCCACCAGCAAUGUAUAAGCAUUUCUACGUACCAGUAGUUCUGCCAGUAUUGGGUUUUGCCAUUUUAAUUUAUUUUUGCUAGUUUAAUAGGUGUGUAUAGUUGUUCUUGAAAGGUUGUUUUAUUUCAUUAAUUGCUAGCAAGGCUGAGCACUUUUCCAUGUGAUGAUUUACUAGCUGUAUUUCCUUGUACGUAGAAUGUCCAUCCAUUUCUUAUGACCACUUGUUAAGUGGAAUUGAUCUCGUAUAUUUGUAUCAGAACUGUAUUUUUAUGUUGUAUUGUAUAGUUUGCUCUCCUGUCCCUAUCCUUAAAACUGAAUGGUGCCAAUAAUUUGAUACUAAUGAUUAUAAAAAAAAAUGUAAUGCCUCAUUUACUAGCAUUGUUGUAAAAUGAGGUAUGUAAGUAAAUAUUCGGAUAACGGAGGAUUAACCCUUUAAGUGCUGAAUCUUUAAAAUUUUAAUAUUUUUUUGAGGGAAAUCUUUCUAAAAUGCAUUACGCACUUCCCUGCCUUAGUAAACAGUGUACUGGAGAGUAUUUAACCUUUUCUUGAUGAGUCAUGGUCAUCAUUAUAAACAUCAGCCCCUUUUGUACCUUAGUGUGGUGCAGUGAUGUCAUCAGGAGCUAUCAAAAUACAUAGGGCUUGGCUUUGCCUUUCACAGACUAUUGUGCUGUUCUCACUGAUGAAUUUUACUGCUUCCUGCUCUAUUAGUGAAGCCAUCUGGGGCAUUUGUGGUGUUUGGGACUUUUUACUCCCAUACUAUAUGACCCCUGGCUAUACUUUUAAAAUAGCUUUACCUGUUCUUUAUCUCGUGCACACAAUCCAAAAUGUGUUCCUGUACAAGGUGGGGGAGCUAUCUGUGUCUGGGGUUGUAACCUCUUGCCAAUCCAGCACCCUCCUCCUAACCUGCUUUCUGAGUCUUCUGCUCUUCACCUCCUGCUCUCUGAUGGAAACCUCCGGGGCAGAAGGAAGUUUUCUUGGAGAAGCCAGGGAACCAAGUAUGACCUAUGUGUCAGGUGUGCUUUGCUUCUGAGGAGGGGUGCAUGGGCUUUUGGUACGCUGUUUUCGGGAGGCUCUGAGCCUCCUGCUUUUUUCCCCACAUCCCCCUGGGUUCAGAGAUGUUCAGAAGUUGAUGUCGCUGGAAGUCUGAUCCCAACAAGUUGGCUGUUACUGUAUAUGAAAACCCAGUACCUUUGGCAGCUCAGCUCUAACCAGUAAAAUCAAGAGGAUUCCAUUGUUUCAGCAGUUGUCCUGGUUAUUUGCCUACUUAAAUGUAUGACGGGUGCCCGACAUGGUGAGCUGAGGAGAUGACAUCGUGUUGGGUGGAUUCAUAGAGACAAAAAUAAAUUGAUAGAAUUGGUUUACCUUUUUUAUAUACUUAACACAGAACAACAGCACCGUACGGUCACACAACACAUACCUUAUGUCUGGGGGAGAGUCGGGGGAGUCUGCUUAUUGACAUAAUCUUGCCAGAACAAGGGCUCUGAACUGUGGACCACAGACUCCUGGUGGGCAUGAGGUGGGUAUUACAGGGGCCUGGGAGUCCUGCAAUUCACAGAGUUUGUGGAUUGCAGACUGCAGAGAAGAUCCUUACGUUUGAAGAAUUUAAAAACUAGGUCCUAAAGCAUUCAGAAGAUCCCAUCUGAAUGCACCCCAAAUUUUGUAUUCCCAAAAUAUCACAGGAAUAUUCUGAGAUCUUUAUCUUCUUUCACCACCUCAGUUUUUUUCAAAACUUGAAAUUCACCAUUUCAACCAUUUUAAAGUGUGCAGUUUGGCGGGUUUUUUUUUUUUUUUUUUUGGUAUGUUCCCAAUGGUAUGCAAACAUCACCACUCUCUAAUUCCAGAACAUCUCCAUCGUUACAAAAAGAAACUCCUCAUCUACAGUCACUACAACUUCUCCCCUCUUCCUACCUCCUAGCAACCACUGAUUUACUUUCUGUCUAUGGAUUUCUGUCUAUGGAUUUGCCUAUUCUGGACAUUUUAUAAAUGGAAUCAUACAAUAUGUGGUCCUUGGUGACUGGCUUCUUUCACUUACCACAAUGUUUUCAAGGCUCCUCCAUGUUGUAGCAUGUAUCAGUACUUCAUUGCUUUAAUGGGUGAAUAAUAUACACCAAUGUAUGGCUAUACCACAUUUUGUUUAUCUGUUCAUCAGUUGAUAGACAUUUGG